CCAAGAGUCAUUCAUCAUUCAUCUGAAACAUUCCGCCCCAAUUGCCCCGGAAGAAUUGUUCUGCUGAAGAUACUAAUCCCACAUACCGGCCGGCCAAGGCCCAGGUCUACGGUCCAUGGCUUUUGUGGCUAUUAGCCUUGGCUGCACGUCAAGGAUUCCGGUCCUUUGCUUUCCUCCCCCCUGGAUCCCCCUACGCCCGGAGCUACUGCGUAGCACUGGGCUGGAUCCGCCUGCAGAGACUUGUGAUAUUGCGAUAUGGCUGCUGAGCGGUCAGUGCCGGUGCCCCGUUUCAUCGCCCCGGAACUCUCCUUCAGCUGUUGGCCGUGGGCCGCUCAGCCACACACCGGUUUCCCGAUCCUCUUUGCUCCGGGCCUGGGGGGGCUUGUUAUCGACAGUAUGUCCGCGAUGUGAACCCGGCGUAUCCCUGCGAUGCCCGGUUGAUUGCGAUGCCUGGUUGAUCAGAGCCUGAGCUGAAUCGCUGAACGGGCGGGAAUAGGGUCCGUUGAUCGUCUAGUACGUACGCACAGUCUCAU